GGUCAAUAUAGUUGUUAUUCCGAAAAAGUACCUCAGAAACAGAGUUGUUCAGCGAAGCGAACCAAAUCUUUCUCCAAACUCAGUUUCUCCCUUUUCCAUUUCUCACCCAAAUUCAACAAUUUCCCCAAAUACCUAAUCUUCUUAAUUCCUCGUUUUGAUUCCGCGCCAUGGCAGCUGAAACCGAUCAAGGCACAACGCUGUGCUCUCACUGCGAUCGGGCUAUCCCUGCCGCAAAUAUUGAUUUGCAUUAUGCUCAUUGCUCCCGGAAUCUUGAAAAAUGCAAAAUUUGUGGUGACAUGAUUCCCAAACUACAUGCUGAGGAUCACUAUUUAAGCACCCAUGCACCGGUUGCUUGUUCAAUGUGCAGUGAGACAAUGGAUCGUGAUGUUUUAGAUAUCCACAGAGGUGAAAAUUGUCCACAAAGGAUUGUCACAUGUGACUUCUGUGAGUUCCCAUUGCCAGCAAUUGAUUUGGCUGAGCAUCAGGAAGUAUGUGGGAAUCGAACAGAACUUUGUCACCUUUGUAACAAAUAUGUCAGAUUACGGGAAAGGUACAAUCAUGACAGCAGUUGCAAUAGAAUCCAAGACAGUGCUGCAGGGUCUUCAAGGGCUACAAGGCCAGCUGAAAGAGAUGAGGGUGCUCAUAGAAGGGCACGACCACCACCGCCGCAGAAUGAACUCUCUACAAAACGUCUUCUUUUCACAAUAGCAAUCACUGGAAUUGCAGUCAUACUCGGAUCCAUGUUUUUCCAGAGGAAAACAGAGCCCAGUGAUGUGCAUUAAUUAACUGGAGAGAGAGAGAGGGAGAAGAGGGAGCCGGGGGGGGGGGGGGGGGGGGGAGAUAGCUUAAUAAUAUUAGGGGCCGUGUAAAUGUUGCUGUUGCUGUGUAAUUCAUUCAUCCUGCAACAGAAGUCAUGAGAGUACAAUUUCUACUAGUGUAACAUAUCGGCAUUGUCAUUUCUCAGUGUAGUGGUAUAUGUAUACUUUUUUUUAAGUUAUUAUUCUAGCUCUGGAUUCUGAUGGAAAAUAACUACUAAGAGAUGCCUCAUUGAUAUGCAUUGCUGUUCGGAGCCUUUAUCAUAUA